AUGAAGCCGGCGCGGCUGCUGCUGCUGCUGAGCGGGUGCGCGCUGCUGCUGGCGCCGGCCGUGCGCGGCUGCGGGCCGGGCAGGGUGGUGGGCAGCCGCCGCCGGCCGCCCCGCAAGCUGAUCCCCCUCGCCUACAAGCAGUUCAGCCCCAACGUGCCCGAGAAGACGCUGGGGGCCAGCGGCCGCUACGAGGGCAAGAUCGCGCGCAACUCGGAGCGCUUCAAGGAGCUCACGCCCAACUACAACCCCGACAUCAUCUUCAAGGACGAGGAGAACACCGGCGCCGACCGGCUCAUGACCCAGCGCUGCAAGGACCGCCUGAACUCCCUGGCCAUCUCCGUCAUGAACCAGUGGCCGGGGGUGAAGCUGCGGGUGACGGAGGGCUGGGACGAGGACGGCCACCACUCGGAGGAGUCGCUGCAUUACGAGGGCCGAGCCGUGGACAUCACCACCUCGGACAGGGACCGCAACAAGUACGGCAUGCUGGCUCGCCUGGCCGUGGAGGCCGGCUUCGACUGGGUCUACUACGAGUCCAAGGCGCACAUCCACUGCUCCGUCAAGUCAGAGCACUCGGCUGCUGCGAAGACGGGCGGCUGCUUCCCCGGCCGGGCGCUGGCGACGCUGGAGAACGGCGCCCGGACGCCGCUGUGGGCGCUGCGGCCGGGCCAGCGGGUGCUGGCGAUGGACGGGGCUGGCCGUCCCACCUACAGUGACUUCCUGGCCUUCCUGGACAAGGAACCCCGCGCCCUCACCGCCUUCCACGUCAUCGAGACGCGGGAGCCCCCCCGGCGCCUGGCCCUGACGCCCACCCACCUGCUCUUCGUGGCCGAGAACGCCUCGGCGCCCGCCGCCCGCUUCCGCCCCACCUUUGCCAGCCGCGUGCGCCCCGGACACUUCGUGCUGGUGGCGUCGGGCUCGGGGGGCUUGCAGCCCGCCGAGGUGGUGGGGGUGCGUGGCCGGACGGACGUGGGGGCUUACGCCCCGCUGACGAGCCACGGGACGCUGGUGGUGGACGACGUGGUGGCCUCGUGCUUCGCCCUGGUGCAGGAGCACCAGCUGGCCCAGCUGGCUUUCUGGCCGCUCCGGCUCUACCACGGCCUGGUGGGGUGGCCGGGGGUGCAGGGGGACGGCGUGCACUGGUACUCGGGGCUGCUCUACCGCCUGGGCAGGCUGCUGCUGCCCCCCGACAGCUUCCACCCGCUGGGGGUGCCCCGGGUGGAGAGCUGA